GGAGCCCGUUCACAUUGCUUUCGAUUUGUGUCUCGCUGGUCUCAACUUUACGUCUUGUGUUUUUUUUCCACCUUAGAACGGCGGACCUCUGGAUUUCAGAAUACGUAUUGUAUGUACGUAGUGGGGACUAUUCGUUGCAGCCGUGUGUAAAUUCGCUUCAUCUUGCGAACCGUUCCAAGUGUUAUGGCUGGCAGCAGCAGCGCCGCCGCCAGGACUGUACGCGAUAUCUUCCACAGCAUGGAGUAUGGGCCACCUUCUGCCAGCACGGCCGCCGCACAGGCCUGGCUGGACCACCAUUCCCGUGCCCUGGGUAUGUUCAUUGAAGGAAAGUUAGUCCGCCCAGCAGACAGACAGACGCGGCCCCUCACUGAUUCUAAAGGAGGUACAGUGUGUAGUGUUGUGUGUGCUGUGGACGAGGACAUCGCUCAGUGUGUGUCCUCUGCAGUCGGUGGCUUUGAAGCCUGGAGUGGACUGUCCUGCUACCAGAGAGCAAAACUGCUACUCAGGUUUGUGAGUGUUGUCGGGCAGCACGCUCAGUGUGUGUCCGAGCUGGAUGUGUUGUGCUGCACGGCCGGCUCCUCUUCCUCCCUGGUCAGACUGGUUCAGUACUUCACCAGCUGGGCACAACUCCGAGACACACUGCUUCCUGACUGGAUCCCACUGGGUGUGGUGACAGUAGUGGCCUCAGAUGACUGUUCACUUUAUUCCUUAAUGCUCAAAGUCCUGCCAGCACUAGCCAUGGGCAACUCCGUGGUUGUGGUCCCUGGCCUGAGCAUUGCCCCUCCAGCUCUCCUAUUGGCCCAACUUUUUAUGGAGGCAGGACUUCCUGUUGGGGCCCUGAACGUUCUAACAGGAAGUGAUGCGUCUGUGAUCGCUAAAGUGAUCCAGAGCCCCGCUGUCAGCUAUGUCACGUACAGCGGCAACAAGCAGGAUGGAGUAACACUGUGUAAGGCCACAGCAGGUAUGGGCGUGCCUGUCUCUCUCUCCGUCUCCAUCGGGUCCAUCUGUCCCUUCAUCAUCUUCGAGUCGGCAGACAUCGACAGCGCUGUUGACGAAGUGAUAGAUGCCGCCUUCAAGAAGAAGAAAGAGAUCCAGUGGGUGUUGUUUGUGCAGGAGUGUGUAUGGGACAGAGUGCUGUCCCGUCUCAAGAUUCGUAUGGAAGGUUUGAAGUGCAUGGCUCUGCCCAGCGGAGGAGACAGAGCCCUGGUGGACGCUGCAGUACAGGAGGCUCAGCAGCAGGGGGCCACGCUGAUUCAGCCAUGCCUCGCACCGGCUAAUGUGGACCAGUACCCCCCCACUGUGUUGUGUGGGGUCGCUGCCUCCUGCCCCUGUGUGGUCACCCCUCCUCCUGGACCGCUGUUGCCUCUCAUGUCCUUCAGGACUCAUACAGAGGGCAUAACCCUGGCUAACCACAGGCCCCACGGCCAGGCCGCCUCCAUCUGGACUGAAGACCUCACGCUGGCACUGGAGGCUGCCAAGAGCCUGUUGGUGGGGUCGGUGUGGGUGAAUUCACACUCCUUCUCAGAUCCGGCUCUGCCGGCCUCGGGGCACAAAGACAGCGGCAGCUGCACCGAUGGAGGACAGGAGUGUCUGUACCAGUACCUGCGCCCCUCCUCCUCUUCCUCCCUGUCUCGCUCCUCUCCCGUCUGUCUGGACUACGCCACAUUUGGGACGUCAGCAUCCCCGGCGGUCAUUCCUGUGGGCUCAGACCCUGCCAGCACCCCGAAGGUUUACCAGCAGUUUGUGGGCGGCAAGCCGUGCAAAGCUGAGUCCGGGAGCAGUGUGGCAGUGCAGGCACCAGGGGGCAACGGUGUGUUGGCCUACUGCCCGGACGGAGGCAGGAAAGACGUCCGCAAUGCAGUGGAGGCCGCCAUCAAAGUCCAGCCAGGCUGGAUGACGGAAAGCCCCUCUGCACGCGCCCAGUCGCUCUACUCCCUGGCCAAGGUCCUAGAGGCGAAGAGGCGGGACAUGGCUGCGUCAAUCAAAGCCCAGACUGGCCGCUCGUUGGAGGAGGCGGAGCAGGAGGUGGAGCUUAGUGUCGCUAGGCUCAGUGACUGGGCGGCACGCUGUGACAAGGCCCACGGAGGCGCUCUGCCUGUCCCCCAGUCCGGCUCUGCCAUUUCCAUCCCAGAGGCUCUGGGAGUGGUGGGUGUGGUCCUCCCUGACGGCAAGCCCCUCCUCUCUAUGGUAACAGUCCUCGGGGCGACCAUCGCCAUGGGCAACGCUGUUGUCAUGGUGCCCAGUCAGAAGUACCCGCUCCCGGCCUUGGCUUUCGUCCAGGUCCUCCAGUCCUCAGACCUACCGGGAGGCUUAGUGAGCAUCAUCACAGGACGCCGAGACCAGAUGACUGCUGCUUUGGCCAAUCACAGCGUCAUCAAGGCCAUCUGGUACUGGGGCAGUACUGAGGGCUGCCAGUACCUCCAGUACACCUGCACCAGCCCCCUGAAGACCCUGUGGCUGCACAGCUCAGAUGACGAAGAGGAGGAGGGGGGAGGCGAGGACGGAGGGAUGGUCUGGACUCACCCUCAUCCCUCGCUCCUGGAGGAGAUGUGGAGAAACGCCGUCCAGUGGAAGAGCGUUUGGAUCCCUACGGCUUAGGCAGGAAGAAAGAGGGCGCGAGACGGGAAGUGAAAGAUGAAGGGCGAGCGAGUCACGGCUUGUGUUUCCUUCCACAUACAGCUUUUAAACGUCACACUGUCACGCGGGUUUGGCUUGGGCCCGGUCAGAUUUCUGGUACAUUCUUAACUUGCUUCUUUCUUUCCCCCCCGGGACUACAAACGGCAUAAUACACGAAUGUGGGUUUGAAAUUUGGCAGUGGAGAUAGAUGGAGGACGGGAGGAGAAGAAGUAGCGAGAAGUAAAGGACUUGGGUUGUGAAUAGGGGAAAGGAGGGAAACAAAUCUUAGACAAGAAGACGAAGUAUAUUAGAGGAUUGAUUUGGGGGUUCGGGCACGGGUGGGAUGGGGAGGUUGUUCAAGGCUAUUUUAGAUUUGGCUAAAGACACAUUAUGCAAUAUUCUUACGAGCCAGCCAGAUGGGAAUUUGGGGAAGAUUUUCAUCAAAAAAGCUUCCCCGGUCACGUCAGUGCAUCCGGUUCAGAUAACGGGACGAAGUAACGGAAGUAAAAGCAGCGAAAGAGUCCGUGAAGCCACGAAUGGCGUUGAAAUGGACACAGAAUCAACACACAACCUCAGACUGUUCAGUAGCUGCUUGGUGUUAGUCUCUGGCGUGAGCGAGGGAGUCUUUCCUCACCUCUCUCGGGCUUCAGCAGGGACGCCGGUGCCUCCACAAACCGGACCGUGUGCCGGAGAUGGGUUCGGCUCGACUCUGUACCCUCUUGUGUUUCUUUCAUUUAGAAAAAAAGAAGUUUGAUUCUAGGCGACACGGUUGGCGGUAAACGGUUAGAAUAAGGAGUGAGAAUGCUGUAACAUUAAAGGAACAAUACGUAAAUUUACCCACAGUUCUAUAAUUGAGUAACAUCACAAUCCACAGGAAUUGUACAAAUACGCUAAUCAAAGGUUUGCUUUCCCCAGGAAAACACAUCACCCAUUUAUUUUUAUGUUUAGAGAAGUAGACGGCCCUGUGCUGUGUUGUGGUCCGGAUUGAAACAGCGCCCCCCACAUGUGAAUAUACCGCUUAACAUCCAUCUGAACUAGAACUUAAUCGGCCCUGUGCAUAACUGUAGUCUACUCUAUUUUAUCAUCGGUUUGGUUUUAUUACUUGUAAAAUCACAUAUUCAUAAAUCUAAGUUUUGCAACCAUAAACCGUCUUUUUUAAUGUUUGAAAAUGAGAUCCAACAAUACAUUACAACAAUCCUGUUGUCUAAAAACAGGAAUGCUGUGAAAACCAUAAACGUGUGUGUACCCUUUAUAACAUUCUUGUGAGCUGAUUUGUGAUUUCUGUUAAUGUUCUGACCCCCCCUGGCAUAACCGUUGUUUUGUUUUUUUUGUAUUUACCAUAUUAAAAGAAAACGAAACCUGUAGUCCACUGACUUCCGGUUUCUUCUGCGGCGGUCAUACCGGUUUCCUGUUUGUCGGCGUGUGCUACUGACAAUGGCAUAUUUUUCGUGAUGCCUGCAAGAUGUACCAUGGGUAAAUGUCAACAACAUGCACAGAAGUGUCCACACACUUUCACCUGCACCUGCCAGCACACGGGGGAAACGUCUCAAGUUGUA